AUGGGCUCGGAAGCACAGCAGACUGAGCUGGACAGCACCCUGGUAUUCCACCAACUGGACAGCUACCCAUGGUCCGAGGAUGAGGAAUUCCAAGGAGGACUCAGAGCGAUUCUGGGCUCAGUGCAGGAUCCUCAACAAGUCGGCCACCUCACCUUGCGAGCCAAAUGCUACUACUACGCACGGAAGGCAGGGACAUCUGUCGACUUCGACGGCUACAAGAGAUGGGUAGAGCAACAGAACCACGAGGGCGAGACAAAUGGUGCCGAGGAUGGAUGGUCUAUCUUGGACAGUGAGCCACCUGCACAGGCAGACUCCAGUGGUGGCAUGGCAGAUGCGCCGAAGCCUGCAAGUUUUGCUGACAUCUGUGACAUGAUUGCCGAGGGCAAGCCGAUUCCUGGCAUCAAGGACAUUCCGGAUACGAUCCUCGAAGGACAAGCUUCGGAGAGCAAAUCUGACGAAAGGAAGAAGCCGUGGGAGAAGGCUGCGAGCAGUGCGGACGAUAAGCCGAGCUGGAUGAAGUGA